GGGUGGAUGAGAAGGACUUCAAAUGUAAACAACCUCAGUCAGUUUCAGUAUAAGCUUGUGAGUAUCCAGUAAACACUAAGGAUAAUCUUAUCAUCAAAGCUAAGCAUUCUAUACUGGACAAUUGAAGGUGAACCUCAACAGUCUAACAAACUUGCUUCUACUGAGAAGAAGUCUUUAGAGCAAAGAGGAUUGGAUAUAUUGCUGAUUUAAGGUACUGCUAUCGAUCAUUGCCAAUUGUGUAGGGACAAGAUGUCCUUUAACUUACUAAGUGUGUAUCUUUUUAUCGCUGGGCUAGUUAUACACGUGUCACUAUGCUCCCCCCAACUACCUGAUGCAGAUGACAAUCUCAAUAUAUAUGCUCUACCAGUUGGACAGGGAGACUGCACUGUGAUACAGUGUCCCAAAACUAGGACAGUUAAGGGGAAAGGAGUCAUCACAAUCAUUGACGCUGGCACAAGAAAGAAUCAUUUCAAAAAAGAAGCUUUUGGUCAUUAUCUUAAAGGAGCAACCAUUAAAUAUGUUAUCCUCACUCACCCUCAUACAGAUCAUUAUAACCUCAUUGAUUCUAUACUUGAAGGACAUACAGAAACCCCAAAAGUAUACCAUUCAUGUGAUUGGACCAAAUAUAAGGGAGUAAAAAAACCAAAACCAAACAAAUUAACAAGAAUUAAAAAUUGUAUAGGGAAAAAGAAGUGCAAUAGAGAACUCAAACUCUGUGACUCUCGGUCCGUCACAUUGACAGUCAUUGCUUCAGAGCAGGGAAAAUGUGGAAAGCAUCCAAAUGAGGACAGCAUUGUAUCAAAGAUAACAUACAAUGGAGUUUCAACGCUCAUUUCUGGUGACUUAGAAGGAAACGAUAAAAUGAUAAAUGCCUUUCUCCAAGGUGCAGGAGCUGAAAUUAAAGCAGAUAUAUAUCGUCUUGCACACCACGGUGCCUAUGCUGAGACAGGCAGUAAACAGUGUAACCGUCCAGAUCUACUGAGAGCAGUUGGCGCAUCUUAUUACUUCUCAAGUAGUGGCUUGGAUGACAAAUACAGACACCCCCGCUGCAAAUUAUACCACGAAAUUACAAAAAAUCGUACCAACUUAAAAGUAAAAAAUCAUCACUAUACUUGUUAUGAAGAUGUUAAAAAACCUUACACGACUAAUAAGCCAAUAUAUGUUACAACACUUGAAGAAAAUAAAAAACGUAAAGACUACGUGAUACGUUUUGCAAUAAAGAAAGUCGGUACUAUUAUACCCAGCAUAACUCCAUUUAAUGGAGCCUUAAAGGGACGCCAAGAACUUUAAAUUUGAGGAAUGCUUUGGAUUGGAAAAGCUACUAACUAUGUACAAGUAAUUAAUAGUGCUAGAAAGUAACAUAAUAGUUUGUAUAGUUAAUGGCUGAUAAUACAAUUCAUUUCAAAAAUAGACAUAAUUUAUAAUUUUAUGAAACCAAAAAGGUUAAGCGCAAGC